GGAGCCGCCUACCCGCCGCGCUACCCUUUUGUCGCGCAGCCGGUGCUCGCCGGCCACUCUCCGCUGCCUCCCAGCCCGUGCUCCUCCGCUCCGCGCCGCGCCGCCACCGUCGAGAUGCUGCGCUGCGGCCUGGCCUGCGAGCGCUGCAGGUGGAUCCUGCCCCUGCUCCUGCUCAGCGCCAUCGCCUUCGAUAUCAUCGCGCUGUCCGGUCGAGGCUGGCUGCAGUCCGACACCCACAUCCAGACGUCCUCUCUGUGGUGGCGGUGCUGGGAAGAGGGCGGCGGCACCGGGUCUCCAGAGCAAGGCUGCGAGAGCCUCAUGGAAUAUGCCUGGGGCAGGGCAGCCGCUGCCACGCUCUUCUGUGGUUUUAUCAUCCUGGUGAUCUGUUUUAUCCUCUCGUUUUUUGCCCUCUGUGGACCCCAAAUGCUUGUCUUCCUGAGAGUGAUUGGAGGCCUCUUGGCUCUGGCUGCUGUAUUUCAGAUCAUAUCCCUGGUAAUCUACCCCGUGAAGUAUACACAGACCUUCAAUCUGCAUUUAAACCCUGGUGUCACCUACAUCUAUAACUGGGCCUAUGGCUUUGGAUGGGCAGCCACAAUUAUUCUGAUUGGCUGUUCCUUCUUCUUCUGUUGCCUCCCCAACUAUGAAGAUGACCUUCUGGGCAAUGCCAAGCCCAGAUACUUCUACACAUCUGCAUAAGGUGGAGAAUGAGUAGAAGACAAACCCCACUGUCAAGAUGGAUUACAGAGGAAGAAACAGUUUUCCAUAGGAUACUUGAGCCUAUUUUGUUUUAGGACAGUGUUCACAAAAUUAAGCUAUUCAAAAAGAUAAAAUACUUUCAGAAAAAAACUUCUUAAAGGAUGUUAUAGUUAAAUAUUCAUUUUUGGUAUGUUUUAUAGAGAUAAAUAAGACUCUUAAUUAGUUAUCAUUUGGCAACGUUUCCUAAUCCACAUCCUUUAUACUGCAUUUGCAAAAUGAUAGGAGUAGGAAACACUACUUUUUAAGGUAAAAUUAGAAGACCAUAAAGAUUUAAGAAAUUGUAUCAAAUUUUUAUUUUUCCAAAUAGUAUGUAUAGAAGAGGACAAUGGACUGAUGAAAAGAGGAUUUAAAAUUGUCAUUGGCUAAAUAGUCAAAAGGGAAUGCAAAAAGUUUUUUUUUUUCCUAGUCUUCAGUAAGGUAGUUUCCUAAAUACAUAUCACUUGUGAGGAUUUCUACUUAAUAUCUUGAAUAUAUGAUUUCUUGCUGAGCUUCGCAUUGGUUUGAUAUGCCAUUUAGGAAACCAUUUUUAUUGUUUUCAUAGCUUAACCCUGUUGCUGUAAGGAUUCCUAUGUAGUAUAAUGUUUAGAUAGAACUUUAUCUUUUAAACAGUUUAUGAGGUUGGGGUAAGGGAAAAGGCUAUUAAUAAAUAUGUACUAUUGUGUGUCUGUAUGUUCAGAUAGGACCAGUGAAGACUGAAAGAUGGUCUGCAUCUUGUCCAUUAUGACUGAUUAAUAUGACUAAGUUUCAGUGAAGCAUCAGGAGGGCCAUAACCUAUCACAAAGGUAACCUAAGAGCAGCCUCAAGGGAAGGCUUUCAUCUCAGGUUACCUGGGCUUUCAUCAUAUAGACACAGCUUCUGAUAGAUAAGCAAAAACGUAAUACAAUUUGAAACCUGGUCUUCCUCGAUAAACAGUUUUAAAAUCACCGAUGUAAAUCAUACAACAGGAGAAUUGAGAGAGGUGAGAUUCCUCGGAGUGCAAAAUAUAUGUCAGUUGAGUUAUUAUUACUAUAUAUAUAUUUUUUACCAUUUGUACUGUCAUAAUGAAAACUAAUUCAUUUUAUACAUCAAAUUGUUAUUUUGUAAGCUGAAGAAUAAGCAAUUGAAGUUUUCGUUAUGACUACUUCCCAAUAAACCAGGUGCUGUAAGCUUG